UUUUGAAACACAUAAACAAAACAUUCCAUCCUCUUAGGCCACUGACUAAUACUUAGUACGAUUUGGCUCUAUCUAUGUCAAGAAUGAAUGGGAACCUUAUAAUAUUAUCUAUGUGUCUGAAGGACAAUCUGUAUUUACUCUUGCAUCAAUACCAUACCAGUCAUGUGCUGCACACUAAUAUUGCAGUUUAAGCUUUUUACAUCCAACCACUCAGUGGUAACUCUCAAAUUUCAUAUUUCAUUAUCAGACUUUUUAUUUAAUAGACAUUCUAAUAAUGUUUGUUUGUUGACAUUCUAAUAAUGUCUAUUAAGAUGAGCAGAAGCGAUUAUUGACCCAGGCGAACAGUAACUGGUAAGUGUUUCUUUCUGGAUUUUUUAGUUGAAACUAGUUUUAGCCACGAUUGUCAGAUAGAAGCUGUAACUGUGCUUCCUUGUUGCUACGAGCUGUAUACUUGUUGCUAGAUUAAAGCAAAUUCCGGUAUUCAGUUUUGGCUUCGGUUGGGAGUCGCUCGUUCACGCGACUACUCUUUGUUUUGCUAAUUAAAGAGGUGUGCUCAGCUGAAACACACUUUUAUUAAUUAAAACACAGCGUUUAUUAAUUAAGAAACGCUGAGGGGGAAGCCUCAGCCCUUGUCCUUUGAAAGCCCAGCCCUUUCCCCCAGCAUAUGCCCCCUAACCUCCAGACCUGCUUGCACAUCACCCUCUAGUCUUUGGCUCUCAGAAGCUCUGCGUAACAACUGGGCCAAACUAAGAGCAUCUGAAAGGAAAUGGCGCAAAUCAAACAACCCAAUUGACCUAACCAAUUACCAGACACUUCUUUCCUCUUUUUCCAAUAGCAUCUCCAUUGCAAAGCCACGUUCUACCAAGAGAAGAUUGGUAGUUCUCCCAACACCCGCAUUCUUUUCAAAACCUUUACCUCUCUACUCUGUCCCCCUCCUCCCCCUUCCCCUAGCUCUCUCACUGCAGAUGACUUUGCCACUUUCUUUUCCAACAAGGUUACAUCAAUCAGGAACCAGUUCUCAACCCCAGACAAGCAUAGACCGACUCCUCCUCUGUGUAACUCCCAACUGACUUCCUUCUUUCCCCUCUCAGAGGCUGAUGUCUCUAAACUCCUCCUCUCUAGCCGUCCCACAACCUGUCCUCUUGACCCUAUCCCUUCUCACCUUCUUCAGUCCAUCUCUCCCACACUAUUACCUGCACUCACACACAUCUUUAACACAUCGCUCUCUACUGGCACAUACCCUACCUCAUUUAAGCAGGCCCGGGUUACCCCACUGCUUAAAAAACCAUCACUCAACCCUGCUAUAGCUGACAACUACAGACCUGUUUCCCUCCUCCCUUUUCUUUCCAAAACUCUUGAAAGAGCCGUUUUUAAUCAUCUCUCCAAUUUUCUCACACAGAACAACCUCCUGGACACCAAGCAGUCUGGCUUCAAGAGCAACCACUCCACGGAGACUGCUCUGCUUUCCGUCACUGAAGCCUUACGACUAGCAAGAGCAACCUCUAGAUCAUCUGUCCUCAUCCUACUUGACCUCUCUGCUGCUUUCGACACUGUGAACCAUCAGAUCCUCCUGUCAACUCUCUCCAGCCUGGGCAUCACUGGAACGGUUCUGCGCUGGGUGGAAUCCUAUCUCUCGGACAGAUCCUUCAAGGUAUCAUGGAGGCAAGCCUGAUGAUCCAUCCAUCUCUGCACGUAUCUCUGCUUGCCGGUCGGACAUCUCGGUCUGGAUGAAGGAAAACCAUCUUAAGCUCAACCUGGAAAAAUCUGAGCUUCUCAUCAUCCCAGCCUGUCCCUCAAUCAACCACAACCUCACUGUACAGCUCGGCACACUCACACUCAUGCCAACCAAGACGGCCAGGAACCUUGGGGUGAUCCUUGAUGACGGCUUGACCUUUACAGACCAUAUUUCAGCAACUGCAAGGUCCUGUAGGUUCAUCCUUUACAACAUCAAGAAAAUCCGACCCUACAUCACCGAACAGGCUACACAGAUACUAGUCCAAGCUCUUGUUAUCUCUAAACUGGACUACUGCAGCUCACUGCUUUCAGGCCUCCCAGCAAGCUCCAUCAAUCCCCUUCAGAUGAUUCAGAAUGCUGCAGUGCACCUCGUCUUCAGCCAGCCAAAGAGAACUCAUGUCACAUCCCUCUUCAUCUCCCUCCACUGGCUUCCUGUAGCUGCCCGCAUCAAGUUCAAGGCCUUGAUGCUCACCUACAAGACCUUGUCAGGAACAGCACCCUCCUACCUCAACUCUCUCCUGAAGGCCUACGUUCCCUCUCGCAAUCUGCGAUGGAUUACCGACCGACGUUUGCAGUUCCAGCUCAGCGUGGCGCAAGGUCCCUUCCAGAACCUUCACGCUAACUGUUCCUCAGUGGUGGAAUGCACUUCCAAUCUCAAUCCAGACCGCAGAAUCUCUCACCAUCUUCAAAAAACUGCGAAAGACCCACCUCUUCCGUGAACACCUAACCAACUCAUUAUUAUUAUUAUUAUUAUUAUUAUAAUAAAAAAAGAAAGAAAAAAUUGCACUUACACCUCUACUCUGUUCACUUUGCUUCUUCUGGAACUCAAUUAAUGGAUCUUGUAUGGUAGCACUACUUGUAUUGUUCUCUGCCUGAUAUAUCGCUUUGCUUGCAUUUUUCUCAUUUGUAAGUCGCUUUGGAUAAAAGCGUCUGCUAAGUGAAUAAAUGUAAAUGUAAUAAACAUACAGUCUCAAAAUUUUAAGAACAUUGAGGCAAUAAAUAAUUAACAUAAAUAUAUCUAAAUAUUAUAUACAAAUGCCAUCUAUUACAACAAAUAUAUAAUACUCCUCCUCCAUUAAAAAAACUAAAUGUAAUCUCACACCACUUUUGUGCACAUCAACAGUUUAUAUUAUACAUACACAUACAGUGGGGGAAAUAAGUAUUGGACGAGUCAACAUAUUUUUCAGUAAAUAUAUUUCCAAUGAGGUUAUUCACAUGAAAUUUUCACCAGACCUCAGUAUUAACUCAAGAAAACUGGAAAUGUAAGUAGCCCAAGAGCCAAGGACCACUCAGAAAGAGAUCCAGAAACACUUGGAGGCAGCAGGUGCCAUAGUCACAGAGAAAACAAUAGGCAAUGCACUCCACUGCUCACGCUCACCAUGCAAGACUUCAUUACUAAUGAAAAGGCAUGUCAAAGCUCAUUUACAGUUUGCUACAACUCAUUUGGACAAGCCUAUUAAAUACAGGGAGAAUGUAGUCUGGUCAAAAGCAAAAGCAAAAUUUUACUUUUUGGCUGUCAUACUACAGACCUAAACCCUAUUCAGCAUCUGUGGGGCAUCCUCAAACGGAAGGUGGAGGAGCACAAGGUCUCUAACAUCCACCAGCUCCGUGAUGUCACCAUGGAGGAGUGGAAGAGGACUCCAGUUGCAACCUGUGAAGCUCUGGUGAACUCCAUGCACAAGUGAGUUAAGGCUGUGCUGGAAAAUAAUGGUGGCCACAUAAAAUAUUGACACUUUGGGCCAAAUUUGGACAUUUUCACUUAGGGGUGUACUCACUUUUGUUGCCAGUGGUUUAGACAUUAAUGGCUCUGUGUUGAGUUAUUUUGAAGGGACAGCAAAUGUACUCUGUUAUACAAGCUGUACACUCACUACUUUACAUUGUAGCAAAGUGUCAUUUCUUCAGUGUUGUCACAUGAAAAGAUAUAAUCAAAUAUUUACAAAAAUGUGAGGGGUGUACUCACUUGUGAGAUACUGUAUAUCCCCCUUUUUUUCUAUUAAUAAUUACAUCUUACAUCUUUACAUUACAAUACAUUAGAUUGAUUGUGUGCGCAUCUGUGGUUGUCUGAGGGUGAGAAUUUAUUUUUCCACACUAAAAUGUUGAGGCCCCCCGGGCUCCCCCUGUCAGCCCCCACUUUGAAAGCCACUGUACUAGCCAACAGUAUGCUUAUAAUACAAAGAUGAAACAUGUUAAAGAAUGUGGUAUAUGCAUCUAGUCAAAGAGAUCCGGGAGAAGCAUGUCUGCCCUCUGCCUCUCUGUAGAGCUUAAUGGCUACACACUGGAUGGAGUAACCAACACCAAAUUUUGGCCAGGGGCAGAGCUCUUAAAUAUCCAGUCCAAAAUUCCAAUUUACAACAAACAUGGCAACAUCAGCACCACAGUAGUCAUUUGCAACACUCUUUGUUAAUCAGAGAAGACUUGACACCACAUGCAAUAUUGUGAAGUCUAGGCGCAUAACAGUAUAUAGGCCAUUUCAGCCUGCAGCCUUAUUGCAGGAGCAGUGGCUGUAAUUUAAACCUCAAAGUUUGAAAAUCAUGAACAUGAUCUAAUCACUUACAGUAAUGAAUGUUUAUAAUAGUCUGACAACCAGUGCAGUUGUAUUACUAGUCCUAGUGCAAAGCUCAGUUGCAGUGUAGCACAUCAUUACAAUGUGUAUAAUCAAUGCUUUGUUUUUGACAGCUGGAAAGGAGAGUGGCAUUGGCACGUCAUAGAAACACUCAGGAGCGUCGACAUGUAUUGAUGACAUUGAUGAUAAAAUGAAGCCCUUCUCUAAAUUGCACCCUAGGCAUUGCCUAUGACGAGGACUUACCCUGAUAGGGACUCAAUGUGGUCAUACCAUUGCUCUGCAAUAAACAUCCUGACCACCAGAGCUCUUGAAUUCUAGUCCAUUGUCAUGGUUACAAAUUAGGAUACUAUGAAACCCAUUACCUUUCUGACCAUCUCUGUAUCUGCCUGAUCUGUUCCAUAUCUUUCUCAUUACAAAUGGCUCCACUGCUGUGAUCUGUAUUAUUAUUUUUUUUUUUAUGCUAUAAAGUCCCAAUUUUUAUGGGUUAUUUUAUGGUUCAAAUCCCCAUGAUCGAGUCUCAGGUUCACAUAAAGUAUGGAAAUGCUCAGAUGGUACAGUUUUCCAGCAGGCCUUCAGGCAACACAGAUAAAAUAAAGAUGGAAUUAUUCAGAAGUGUUUAAAUCAUGAUUUCUGGAAACUGAAAUUUCACAUGCGUUUUAGCAGUUUUGCAUUUAAUCCUUAUUGGAAAAAUAUCGUUAAUGCGACCAUUUUAGACCACCCAAGUUGAUUCAUGACCUGUAGCCCAAACACAUUCAAACUGUGAAGUGAAGCAUGUCUUCUAGCACUCUUCUGUCUUCUAUAAAAUGAACAAAUCUAGUGCUUUCUAGAAGUCAGCAAAGACCACUGAUCAUAGUAUGUCACAUUAAACAAAGUAACAUAGCAGCAGCACAAAUAGCGAAGUUAUAAGGUUAGAAAACCUGCUCGAAUAUCUAUUUAAAACUCUUAGCCUUGAUAUUUGUCUCAAAAUGUAGGCUGUUAGGUUUAGGAAUCAGGCAAAAUAUACUUUAGCAAUAUCCUCCUAUUGUGCCCGCUAGCAAUGACCAAAUCUCUCCAGUGCAUGUUGGGCCUGUUCUUUUCUUGAAGAUUUAUAAUAAUUAAAAAGGUUACAAAAAAUACAGGGGGGAUUUCACAUCUAUUUUAAUCUUAAUCUAAUUGAAUCAGGAUGACAUCUCCCGAUGAUCGCAGAACGUGUCCCAAUUUGUGGCUGGUCUAAAACUAUUAUCUUCCAAGAUUAUCCUGUGGUGUGAGCUGUGUAAAAUCAUAACCCUUUCUAUCUACUCACAUACCUGUGUAAAAUUAACAUCCUGUGGUGUUGAGGGAACACUGACUGACUCAGCCCUCCAGUGGAUUAUGAGCUGUACAGCCUGACUUAUUACUAUUAUUUUUUUUAAAAAGCUAUUUGCACUAAAUGUCAUUCAACUACAAUGUGCAUUUUAAUUCACUUACUGGUAGACUACACUACAGAUUGAAACAAGUACGAUUAAAUGCAAAAGAAAGUAAAAGGGGGAAAAAGUGCAUAACCAUUUCUAUAUCUAACUACAGUGAGGGAAAAAAGUAUUUGAUCCCCUGCUGAUUUUGUACGUUUGCCCACUGACAAAGAAAUGAUCAUUCUAUAAUUUUAAUGGUAGAUUUAUUUGAACAGUGAGAGACAGAAUGACAAAAAAAAAAAUCCAGAAAAACACGUCAAAAAUGUUAUAAAUUGAUUUGCAUUUUAACAUUUUUGCUUAUAACUUCUGAACAGUUUGUCAUAAAAUUUGUCUCUUUACAUUCACAGGGGUAUACAAAGCCCAAUGAUGUGAAAACUUCCUAUGUCGGCCAUUUUGAAUUUAAUCAUAAAAUGCUGUAUUUUACGAACGACUUGGAAUAUUGUUACAAAGCUCAGCAUGUGUCUUUGGCACCAUGCUCUGAAGGGACUCAAAGUUUAGGGAAGCGCCAGCUCGAUCAAAAAUUAUAAUGAUAUUUCUCAAAAAUGCUAACAGCUAUUGACUCCUUUUGCCCAUUGUAAUGACACUGGUGUUGAUAGAUUCUGUGAAUCAUGCCAAGAACAAUGAUACCAAUUAUGCCAUGGUCAAUCAAACUUGCUGUCCACAGUUUUGCAUUUUGUUGAAAAUCUUUUUCGAACUCCUUCUAGAGCAUUGGCCCAAUUUCGAUUUAGAUCAUCUUCAGACCAUGUUGGCAAAAGUUAUGGAUUUUGUGUUCAUAUACUAAACUGUUUAACGCAUCAACAAAGUUGAUGGCACGAUGGCAAAACUAUUCAGAGGCUGCAUCUCUUCAAGGCUUUGGCAUACUGAUGCCAAACUUUGUGUGCAUCAUUGUGAUCCCACACUGACCACAUCAGAUCAAUUUGGUCACACCACCACCUAUUGGUCAAAUAUGAUAAGCAAUUAAAUCAUAACUGAUUGCAUUUAUGAAUAUUCAACCAUUUUGCCUAAAAUCAUAUACCAAUGUCUAAAAUUGCUCUUUUUUUUUUUUUUUUACAGUUGGUCUUGAUGCUCCAUGCCAUGUUUGUUUAGCUCCUUGUUUAGCCUCUUUAGUGCUUGGCCCCUUAACAGCUGCUUGCAGCUAUAUAUUAUUAUUACUAUUAUUAUUAUUACAGAUUUGGAACAGUAUAAAUGUCAAAGCCAUGAUGUGCCUCCUCGAUAAUAUAUCCCACAGAGAUGUUUUCCAAUGAAGCGAGAAUGGAAACAAUAACAGUACAACAUUAAACAAGCUUCAAGAGAAGCUGCGGGACUGUACAUUAGCACAAUGAUGUGAUACUCACAGGAACAUGAUUGCUGUUGCAGAAAU